AAUAAGUUUUCUGAUACAGUAAUGAUGGAGGAAAAAAACCAAGAAGUACAUGCUCUAAACAUAAAUCAACAAUUAUGAGCAUGGUGCAAUCUGGUGAUAGUCCAGUUGAUUAUAAAAAUCUUUUUAACCGUGAGUUUAUUAAUGUUUGGAUGACAAAAAUGCAAGAUGCUGGUAGAGAAGCAGGAACUAUAAAAACUUAUCUAGGAAGUCUUGUUCAUUUUUAUAACUUUGUAGUUAUAUCUGGUGAUCCUCGGUUUGACGAAAAUGAUUACAAUAAAAUUAAUAAAAUGAAAACUGUCAUAAAGGUUUGGUGUAAAACCUUGUGGAAAGCAAUUGAGCGCAGAAAAUAUGAAAAACAAAUUGAAGACAUGAAACGAUUUCCAACUGGUGAGCAAGUUUGCAAUUUUGACAAAUGCGAUCUUGCAAAAGAAGCAAUAAAUAUCCUCAAAGCAUUUGUGGCUGACAGGUCCCUUAAAUUAAACCGUAAAUCCUAUUGUUUGAUUAGAGAUUGUUUAAUAGCUCAGGUUUUAUUUGAUAAUGCUUCCCGUCCUGCUGCUAUAAGUAACAUGACAUUAGGAGAAUUUAAAUCUUCUGUUAGCCAAAAUGAUGGUAUUGUGGUGCGUGUUUUACAUCAUAAAAAUGAUUACAAAGGACCUGCCAACAUAACUUUCCAACAUGAAGUAUAUAAGCGAGUCCAAAUGUAUAUCAACUUUGUCCGUCAAAGAUUACCUGAUGUUAAUGUAAGGGAUUGUGACCCUGUAUUUUUAAGUUUUAAUGGGUCAAAAAUGGAUUCUUCUAUGAUCACAACACAAUUUUCUAGCUUUUGGAAUAGAGGUCUUGGUUUACCGAUUGAGGAUAGAAUGAUUCCUACUGUUGUGCAAAAGUAUACAACAACUAUGAUUCAUAAUCUGAAUCCCUCAGCAAAACAAGAUACAGCUGAUGUUUUAUGCCAUACUCUAAGGCAAGCAAAUGAAACUUAUCUUUGUCAAGAAAAGCAAAACAAAGCUUCUUCUUCUACCAAAGUUAUUCGUGCUACACAGAGAAUAACUGAUAAAAAUUCAAUUGAUACUAUAGUAGAUGAGUUAUUUGAAAAAGAAAUAAAAGAUAAAAAUAUAAAAAUAACUAAAAGUUUAGUUGAUGAGAAAUUGUAUUGUGAUGAAAGAUUCUCUGAAAUUGUUAACCAGCCUACAAAAUCAAAACAGGUUCUUGAUUCUGUUAGAUAUAAAAAAGUUAAAUUUGAACAAAGGGAAAACCAAGAAGUGCAAACCAAUGAAAAUAAUAUUUACUAUGAAAAUAAUUUUAAAGAGAUAUAUGAAAAGCGGCAAAGAAAAGACUAUACAUCUUCUGAAGUUGAUGCUAUAUAUAUGUAUCUUGGAGAUUAUAUAUACAGCCAAUGCAAAAUAGAGCGAGUCGUUUUCGAAAAUUAUGUUCGUGGUAUUCCUGAAUUUGAAUUUGUUUUUAAAAAGUUUGGAAUCAACUCACUUAUUACUAAAAUACGUACCGAAAGAAAAUCUCCUCGGCCCAAGAAUAUUUAAGAAAGUUUAUUCUAUUUUAGAUAAAGAUCAUUUAUAAGGAGUUUUAGUUAUAAUACAUAUUA